GACACCUUAAGACAUGACUAUCACUAUGGACGGAGCCAUGUCCAUCACACCAAAGUAAACAAUUUGUAGCACAUAUUGUAAGCGACGAUUUUCUGACUGAUGCUUCUGUUCAGAUAUAGUGUAUUACUGUAAUAAUGGAUAAUAUUAGCAACCGGUGUGAUAACCGACUGAUAGUGGUCAGAGGGGGCAUCAUCAGCACGAAUCCGGUGGAGAUCGAACAACAAUAAUAAUUUAAUAUAUUACUAAUAUGUCUCAAUCAAAUACAAUAUUCAGAUUAGUCUUUCGUUCAUUUCCGAUCUCGCCUUCGAAGAACACGUUCGUGGUUCGGACGAUUCGACGACGCACGUUAACUACCAGCUGCAUCACCACCGCCGACAACAUGACCGUCGACAUCACCGAGACCGAUCACAACACUGAAACGACACAGACCCAGACUUGGUCGUCGAAAAUGAUCGCUUGGCAAGCUCAUUCGUACAGCACCAUCGAUGAUCUGGUGCUGACCAGUAAUGCCAGGUCACCGACCAUGGUGGCGGCCCAUGAAGUGUUGGUUCGCGUCAAAGCUUCAUCUGUCAACCCGCUCGACGUUCUCAUGGCUGAGGGCUUUGGUCAGGUACUAUUGGGCACCAUCCGGCAAGCAGAGCAAUUGUCCCUGCACAAACCUGUUGAGUUCCCACUGACUUUGGGACGUGACUUUUGUGGAGAAAUCAUAGCCAAAGGAGUAAAAGUCAAGAGCUUUAAUGUCGGUGAUGUGGUCAUGGGUGUAGUGCCUCCUUUCCAUCAAGGUUGCCAUUCAGAAUUUGUUGCCGUUCCUGAAGGUCUGAUAGCUAAGAAACCAGAUCAUUUGACAAAUGAAGAGGCGGCAGGAUUAUUAUACACUGGCAUGACUGCAUGGUCUGCUUUGAAAUUGGUUGGAGGCUUAUAUGUUAUGAAAGCUACUAAUAAAAACAUACUAGUCAUUGGUGGAUCCGGAGGUGUUGGUAAUUGUGCCAUACAAUUAUUAAAGCAUUGGGGUGCUAAGGUUACUACUACUUGUGAUUCAACAGCCAUAAACUUAGUGAAAAGUUUUGGGCCUGACAAUAUUAUAGAUUACACAGCUAAAGAUGCACGACAACAGUUGGAAGAACAUGGAAAGUAUGAUAUAAUUUUAGAUGCAGCAGGAAUAUCAUAUAAUAAAAUUGGUGCUUACAUGCCUUUGUUAAAAGGUUGGUCUUGUUCCACUUUUAUUACACUUAGGAGUCCCCUUUUACACAAUACGGAUUCAUAUGGCUUGGUAGGGGGCAUGGUUAAAAAUGCUAUUGACCUUCUAGUUCCAAACAUUUUAUCUGGAGCAGUAUUUAAAGGAUCUUCAAUACGAUGGGGUACGUUCCUUCCAAUAGAGUGUGGUGUAAAAGAACUGGCUAAGUUAGCCGAAGAAAAGAAAAUUUUAAUUCCUCUGGAAAAAACUUUUAAAUUUAUGGACCUUAAAGAUGCAUAUAAACGAGUACAAGAUGGACAUCUGAGAGGAAAAGUUAUUAUAACUUUUGAUAAACCUAGUAUGGAUAAAGCUAGAUUAACUAAUUGAAUGCUAUUUAUUGUAAUGAUAGAUUUUAUUUUGAUGUUUACCAUAAUGAAUAAUGAUGAAUCAUUA